AUGUUGUCUCUCCAGCUGGUGAUAAUGGCAGGGACCGUCCUGCUAGCCUACUACUUUGAGCUGACCGACACGUUCGGCAUCCACGUCCAGGGGUUCUUCUGCAACGAUGCUGACCUGAUGAAGCCGUACCCCGGGGUGGACGAGAGCAGCUUCAUCCCUCCCCUCAUCCUCUACUGCGUUGUCGCCGCCACUCCCACCAUCAUCAUCUUCAUCGGGGAGGUAUCCAUGUACAUGAUGAAGUCCACACGGGCGGUGCUACUAUCCCAGGAGAAGACCAUCUUGACGGGGGAGUGCUGCUAUCUGAACCCCCUUAUCAGGAGAAUCGUCAGGUUUAUUGGUGUGUUUGCAUUCGGCCUUUUUGCAACAGACAUCUUUGUGAACGCUGGCCAGGUAGUGACGGGUAACCUGGCGCCGUACUUCCUGUCUGUGUGUAAGCCCAACUACACCGGCACCGAGUGUCGCUUCAACCACCAGUUCAUCUCCAACGGUAACAUCUGUACCGGCAGCCCGGUCGUCGUGGAGAAGGCUCGACGCUCCUUCCCUUCCAAAGACGCGUCGCUCAGCGUCUACUCUGCUGUCUACGUCACGAUGUACAUCACUAGCACCAUAAAGACUAAGAGUAGUCGCCUGGCCAAACCGGUGCUGUGCCUGGGUACCCUGUGUACAGCAUUCCUCACCGGGCUCAACCGGGUCUCGGAGUACCGGAACCACUGUUCUGAUGUCAUCGCUGGGUUCGUCCUGGGCAGCUCUAUCGCUCUCUUCCUGGGUAUGUGUGUGGUGAACAACUUUAAAGGAGCCCACUCGACUGCCACCAAGCAGAAGACUGAAGAUUACCGUGGUCUCCCUCUAAUGACCUUUCCCCGCGUCCAGAGCCCCCUGGAGACACUCAGCGCACAGAACCAUUCGGCAUCGAUGACUGAGGUCACAUGACUAGCGGGGACCACGGUGGGACAACACCGGGUCACCUUUGCGUCUCCUCAACACAACUUCUAGGCACAAUUAUGUUUUGUACUGUGUCAUACUACUACUGUAACAAACAAAAAAAGGACAGUAUUCUGGUGUAUGUAACUAGUUAGAGGCCGAUGAUUUGUACAUUUUGUAUAAGAGAGUAUGUGCUGUAGCCUACCCUAACCCUGGAGAUGUUACUACUGUAGGUCUGAACUAGGGUUGCAAAAGUCACGUAACUUUCCAAAAAUAUCCAGGUUUUCCACAAUAGAAGAUUCCCGGAAUCGGUGUCUUAAUUAGCAGGAAAUCCAGGAACCCUUCUACUGGGAUUUCUGGAAAGUCUGGGCAUGCUGGGAAAAUUACCGGAAUGUUUCACCCCUAGUCUGAUUUGUGUCGGGACUUCCUCCUCUCUCUCUCUCUCUCUCUCUCUCUCUCGCUCAUCAUGUUUUACAUCGUGUCAGGACUUACUUACGCAUUCAUUCCUCCUCUCUAUAGUCAUGUUUUAUAUCACAAAGGAAAUAUAAUAUACGGUAUACAGUCUAUCUAAUGUUAUUGAAAUAUUUGAUGUCGUUCUGUGGUAUUUGUACAAAUUCCUCACUCUAUUCUGUUAGUUUUUUUCUGUACAAUUAUUGACUAAAUUCUUAUUUUGUAUUAUUAUUUGUUAUCUCUUGUGUAAAACAUUUGGACCGAUUUUUUUGUUGUUUUCUUUUAUAUAUACAUGUAUUUAUUUCUUGCCUGCUGAUUUUUUCCGGAAUGUAUUUGUUAUUCGUGUUGUUUAGGGGAAAACAACAUCCCAUUGGACUAUGACACAGUGUGGUAUUAUUGUGUUUUGUCUUCUCCAUCCAGAAACUGCCAUUCUCUCAGCAUGGAAGUACACAGUUGAACUAUUUGAAUAAAUAUUCCCAAUUUGUAUAGUCUUUCUUUAAAAAAAAGAAGAAAAUAAUUUCUUUUGAAAUGCUGCAUAUAUUUUUUCUUGAUUUGUCCAAAUAAUAAAUAGUUAGUAGCAGAGUA